AUGCCCAUUCCGGAUAGAGGGAUCACUCCCUCUCCCCUCCCUUCUGGCGAGACAUCUCUUCCUAGUAGCCCAAAGUCGGUGUCCUCACGCUCGCUCCAGAAAUCCGAUGACGGAUCGAUCAAUGAGGAGACGGGGAGCCAGGCGAUUGCUUCGAGUGAAGAGGAUGAGGGAGACCUGCCUGCUAAGGUACUAAGCAGUCAGCCUGAACUUAUCAUGCCCAGUAUCAAGAUGCCCAGUCGUCGACCCUUUACUGAGCGAGGGAAGGCAUUAGGAAGGUUCAAGGUGAUGGUUGCUGGCCGAAAAGCCGUUGGCAAAACAUCGCUUAUCAAGUCCAUUGUUCAACUCUGCGAGGACAUCGUCCAUGUUGACCCGUUGUCCCCUUCGCCCUCACUCCAUACAUCUCAGCGAGAUUCUCUUGCCGGUCAGAGUAGUGUGAGCGAGAUCUAUGCAAGUACCAAGCCGUAUCCAGAGUGGUGGUCCAAUGUCGAGGAGAGCCGUAUCCUGAGGCGUAGGAAAAGUAUGGGCGACUCUGUGCUCGAGAGAAAUAUUUGCUUUGUCGACACCACAGAUUCGAUCAAACUUGAGAGAAUUGUAAGCUAUGUGGAGCAGCAGCUCGUAAAUGCCAUUUGUUCGGUAGAUCAGCUCAGUGGAGAGUUCUCAGGAAUGCUCAGCGGACGAGGUUCUUCACAAGUGGAUGUUAUCCUCUAUUUGCUAUGCAAAGAUGACAUCCGCGGCGAUUGUGAACGAAUUCAACGGUUGUCAGAGCUGUGCAAUAUCAUCCCACUGGUUUCCAAAUCUGACCUCCUUUCGGACGAAGAUGUACAGCAGCUCAAGCAGUCAUUGGAUAUUGGUGUCGCCACUCUCCCAAGAAUCCCUGUCCCCACGAGCCAAGACAAUGAGCAGAAAGCCACAGCAACAUCCCCAUAUACCGUGACAUCGGUCAAUGGACCCGAUCUGGAUACCAUGGAUGCAUCCUUGUUGAUGUCGUCCGAGUAUAUUCAACCACUUUUACCAUCAGAGCUCCGGCUUCUUGUGGAGCAUAUGUUUGAGCUUGAUACAGUGGCCUAUCUACGGCAUAUGUCAGCCCGGAAACUAAUCAGCUGGCAUGCCCGUCAUCCUCGGUUGACGAGCGUUCCGUCGCCGUCUCUACCUUCAGUGCACAACUCGACGCUUACAUCUCCUAUGCAGACAUCUUUAAGCAAUUCAGGAUUAUUGAUACCUAUUGGGUCAGAAGUGUCGCUCAAUACGUCGAACAGCUGGGCACUAGCCAAGGUUGCUGAUCACACACAACGAGAAGAGCGGAUUGCUGAGGUGCGGCUCUCUAAGUGGGCGAGCGAACUGCAACUCAGUCUACAGCGUGAACGUGAGAGAUACGAAAGGUUGGCUCGAAACGAGCGGGCAGUUUGGUUGGUGGAGAGGAUGGGAGAAGAAGUACGUGAUGGUAAGAUCAAGGUGCCCGAGCCGCAACAUGCUUUGGUGCAAAGGGGAGGCAAAGCAAGUAUGGCAUAUGGCGAUGUGCCAAACUAUCAAAUGCAUGAUCCAUUAGGGAUUUUGCGAUGGCAGGACAGUAUGCGGACACGGGGAUGGAUUGCUCUACAAGUCGCAGGGAGCUUUGGGGUGGUUGGUGGACUUGCAUUCUGGCUUGCAAAGACCUGGGGAUUGACAGCUUCCCUUAAUGAUUGGGCACAGGAGUUACACGGGUCAUGGUUUGGUGAUGAAUGA